AUGAUGAAGAGGCAGUUUAAUCGGAUGCGGCAGCAGCUGUCCCAUCCCAACAGCACCAGCCGGGAAGGACUUCUCUGCCACCCAGCCCAAGAAGCAACCGAGCUCCUGCCGGAAGAUUUGCUGCAGAUCGAGCAGAGGAUCGAGCCAGCCAAGCGAGCAGCUCACAGCGUCUCCAAGAGGCUCCACGCCUGCCUGCAGGGGCAGUGCGGUUCCGAGAUGGACAAGCGAGUGAAGAAGAUGCCCUUGAUGGCUCUGUCCACAGCAAUGGCUGAGAGCUUCAAGGAACUGGACACAGAAUCUAGCCUUGGGAAAGCCCUGGAGAUGGCCUGCUGCAUACAGAGCUCACUGGCCAAAAUCCUGGCUGAGUUUGAGAUCACCCUGGAGCACGAUGUCCUGCAGCCACUCAACAAGCUCAGCGAAGAAGAGCUUCCCAUCGUCCUGAAGCGUAAGAAGACCCUCCAGAAGUUGAUCUCUGACUGGAACACCAUCAAGAGCCGGCUGAACCAAGCUGCCAAGAGCACCAGUAACAGCUCUGGUCCUGGCGCUGGCCCUGGGGCAUCUGCUGCUGCCAACAAACUGGAGACCUUGAAGGAAGAGGAGGAGGAGGUGAAAAGGAAGGUGGAGCAGUGCAAGGAUGAGUACAUGGCUGACCUCUACCACUUCUCUACCAAAGAGGACAGCUACGCCAGCUACUUCAUCAGACUGCUGGAAAUCCAAGCCCAGUACCACCGACAGUCCCUGGAAUCGCUGGACUCAGCUCUGGCAGAGCUGAAGGAAUGCCACAGCCAGACAGAGCCCUCCUUUACCCCAGUGGUGGGGUACUAUGGUGUGCCCUUAGAAACACACCUCAAGAGCUUGGGAAGGGAGAUUGCGCUGCCCAUCGAAGCCUGUGUCAUGAUGCUGCUGGCCUCUGGCAUGAGGGAGGAGGGACUCUUCAGGCUGGCAGCCGGUGCCUCGGUGCUGAGGAAGUUAAAGAGCAGCUUGGCGAGUGGCUGCAAUGCCCUAGAGGAGUUUUACUCAGACCCCCACGCCGUGGCUGGUGCGCUGAAAUCCUACCUGCGGGAGCUGCCCCAGCCUUUGAUGACCUUCGAGCUCUAUAAUGAGUGGGUGAAAGUGGCCAGCCUGAAGGACGCUGACGGCCGCGUGCGGAGCUUACUGCCCCACGCCUUCCAUUUAUCCCACAGGUAUCUGAUCAAGUUUUUAGCCAAGCUGGCCGAACACCAGGAGCUGAAUAAAAUGACCCCCAGCAACAUCGCCAUCGUGCUGGGCCCCAACCUGCUGUGGACCCAGCAGAGCAAUGAAGACCCUGUGCAACUGGACUUGGCCUCGGUCUCCUCCAUCCAGGUGGUGGGUGUGGUGGAAGCCCUCAUCCAGAACGCAGACACCCUCUUCCCUGGAGAGGUAGAUUUCAACGUCUCGGGCAUAUUCACUCCUCCCGUAAACAUCCGCCUCGGCGAAGCUGCCCCAAAGGAAGAGCUGUGCCCAAAUUCCCCUCUGGCUGGCACCCCUGCUCUCCAGGAUGGAGAGACCACCUUGAGGGCCCCCAAGGCCAGGUCCCCGCCAGCAUCCCCUGCGGUGACCAGAUCAUCUCCGGAAGCCACAGGGCCACCAGCUCUGCAGACGACCGAUGACACGGCCCGCACAGGAGAGAGUGCUGGGGAUGUCCCUGCCACCAAGUGA